AUGGCGCCUCAACUCGAUGGCUACUUUGCCGAAGUCGACAAGCUCUCGGACCAUUUCAUCGAUCGCCUUGCCAAGGCCGUCGCGAUCCCCUCCGUCUCCGCCGACCCUGAGCGCCGCCCCGAUGUCGUCCGUAUGGGUGAGUUUCUUGCCGACGAGCUCCGUGCUCUUGGUGCCUCCGUAGAGCUUCGCCCUCUCGGCAAGCAGCCCGAUAAGCCCGAGCUCGACCUGCCUCCGGUUGUGCUCGCCCGCUACGGCGAGGACAAGUCAAAGCGUACCAUCCUGGUCUACGGCCACUAUGACGUUCAGCCUGCCGAGCUUAGCGACGGAUGGUCGACUGAGCCUUUCAAGCUUACGGUUGGUGAGGACGGACGCAUGUUCGGUCGUGGAAGCACCGACGACAAGGGCCCGGUCCUUGGCUGGCUCAACGCCAUCGAGGCUCACCAAAAGGCUGGCGUCGAUUUUCCUGUCAAUUUGCUCAUGUGCUUCGAGGGCAUGGAGGAGUAUGGCUCUGAGGGCCUUGACGAACUUAUCGAGAAGGAGGGCAAGGGAUACUUUGCCGACGCCGAGGCAGUCUGCAUCAGCGACAACUACUGGCUCGGCACCGAGAAGCCCUGCCUCACCUAUGGUCUCCGUGGCUGCAACUACUAUAGCAUCGAAGUCUCGGGCCCCGGAGCCGACCUGCACUCUGGUGUAUUUGGUGGCACCACCCAGGAGCCCAUGACCGAUCUGGUCCGCGUCCUUGGCAGCCUUGUUGACACUGACGGCAAGAUCCAGAUCCCUGGCAUUAUGGAGCAGGUCGCUGCUUUGUCCGAGGAGGAGGCUACUCUCUACGACGGCAUCAGCUUCACCAUGGAGACUCUGCACGAGUCCCUCGGCUCCAAGACCACCAUCUUUGAGGACAAGAAAUCGACACUGAUGGCUCGGUGGAGAUACCCUUCGCUAUCUGUCCACGGCAUCGAGGGCGCCUACUCUGCCCCAGGUGCCAAGACUGUUAUCCCUGCCAAGGUCAUUGGCAAGUUCUCAAUCCGCACUGUCCCCGACAUGGAGAUCGAGAAGACCAACGAGGCUGUGUACUCGUAUGUCAAGGACGUCUUUGCCAAGCUGGGCAGCAAGAACACUCUCAAAGUAUACGCCCAGCACACCGGCAAGUGGUGGGUCGCCAGCCCGAACCACUGGAACUUCCGGGCCGCGGACAAGGCCGUCGAGCGCGUAUGGGGCGUCAAACCCGAUUACACCAGAGAGGGUGGCAGCAUUCCCGUCACUCUCACCUUUGAGCAGGCUACUGGGAAGAACGUCUUGCUGUUGCCGAUGGGCAGCUCGACAGACGGCGCCCACUCGAUCAACGAGAAGCUGGACAAGCGCAACUACAUUGAGGGUAUCAAGCUACUCGGUGCCUACUUGCACUACGUUGCCGAGGAGGAGCAAUCAUAG